AUGCACGUCACUAUCACUCUAAUUUCGCUCCUUGCAUCUGUGGCGAGCAUUUUUGCAGCUCCUAUACCUACGCAACAGGUAGCUCGAACUGUGCCUGAUAUCAGCGAAGUGGCCCGAAACCCGGCACCUAUCGAUAACAGAAUUCACUGGGAAGACGGCAAACCUUCGCUUGGUGACACUGGGAACGUCUCGUGGGAGGAUUUUAGAAAACUCAAAGAGCUUAUACACCAUUUAUCGGCAGAAGGAGAAACCUCGAAUACCGGCGCGAUUGGGGAAGUCGAGACUUUUGUUAAAGACCAUGUCAAGUUUCAUUCAUGA